AUGGAACCCGAGGGACCCGAGAGUGAUAGGGAGCCGGUGGUCAGGCGUGCCUGUGACCAAUGCCGCCUCAGAAAGAUACGCUGCGACAAGCGAUCGCCCUGCUCUAAUUGUCGCAGUUCCCAAAUCGUAUGCCGCUCAACCGGUGCCGGCCAGAAGCCUCCGGAGCCACGGAAGCGCGUUUUGAUCUCGAGCCAGUAUGAAAGGAAGAUCGAUCUCAUCGAAGAACGCCUGGGGAACAUCGAGCGCAUUCUCCUGGAACUUAGAUCGAGCGCCAAGGGUGCUUCGGAGCCAUGCUAUCAUUCCACACCUCUGUCCAGGCAUCUGAGCCCAUCUGCUGCCAAUUAUAGUAACACCACUGCUGCUUUGGAUCAGCAUGAGUCUACCUCCGCCUUUGAAGGCAAUUCAUCCCUCGCAGCUCAUUCUGCAUACGCCAGGGAGUUCCUGGAGACAGCCGUUUCACGCAAUGCGCUGCAGAUAUCAACACCAAAAAUUAGCACUGCUCUGGCUUCCUUGAAGCAGAUGGUCAACAUGCAAGACCAUCAGGCACAGUUGCCACCCCGAGAAGUCCGGCUCCCAAAUCAGAAGGCCAUUCCUGACUCGGGAUUGCAGGAGCUACCGUUGCCUCCGGUAGACUUGGUUCUGGCGAUCCUGCGCAAGUACAAGAGCCAACCCAGUGUUAUACAGACAUACUUUCCUUUUCUCUCAAUCGAGCGUCUGGUUGUGAAAUGCCGCGAGGUGUACUUUGCCACGGAAGUAUACUCUGAUGCCACCUUCAUAGUGAUUAAUGGGGCUCUUUACUACCUGAUCAGCGACAUGAUCUCCACAAUCGAGAAUAAAGAUACCAGGGACGAGUAUGAAAGGCAUCUGAAACUUUGUCAGGUCAACCUCGAAACCGCCUUGGCCAACUUGAGCCUCUUUAUGCCCGCGACGAUCGAAAACAUUGAAGCCCUUGCUUUAGGGGCUGUCUAUGCUAUUGAAAUGUCAAAGCCAUCCUUUGCGAUGACGUUGACCUCAACGGCAUUCCGCUUAUGCCAAACGCUCGGAUUUCAUCGGUCACCCUCAUUAGAGAAGAGCAGUAAAUCCGUCCAGGGGAAUAUGCUAUUCUGGACAAUCUAUAUUUUAGAUAAAGCAGUAUCCUUGCGGCUGGGACGCGCGUCAACCAUCCAGGACUAUGACAUCACUUCGUUGGAAGGCCUCGAUCUGACCGGAAUAGCGGAACCAUUCAAGAGCAUCUACCCCUUGUGGGUGAAACUCGCCACAAUCCAAGGCAAAACCUACGAAUUGCUUUACAGUCCUGCGGCUUUGGCCCAACCAGAAAAUCAAAGGAUCUGUCAUGCUCGCCAACUAGCUUCUGAGAUGCAGCAGAUGGUCAUGGAGCCAUUCGAGAAAAUCAAAUUUGACACAAACAUGUCUGCUGUCGAUGAGGUUUUCAUCAGAUCUGACAAAGUUGCCCGCUUGUCGGUUUUGUCUCUGAUAUACCGGGCCAUUCCUCCACAGGAGGCACAAGGUACAUUCAUCUAUGAAUGCAUCGAAACAGCCCGGUCAGCCCUCGAGGUGCAUCAUAAGUGUAUGUUGGAUGUAAAGAAGAUGAACGAGCUCAUCAAAGCUGCGUACUUUCACUGGACAAUCCUUUAUGCACCGUUUGUCCCAUUCAUAGUGAUCUUCUGCCACGCAAUUGCCGUUUCAUCCUGGGAAGACCUCGCUCGACUGGAAGACUUUGUGGCUUCCCUGCAACCCAACUGUUUCCUCUCCGAAGCUAUCGCGAAAUUGUACCAGCUAUGUCAAGUCCUCAGCAAUGUUGCUAGGCUGUACAUCGAAGCAAAGGAACAGGCGCAGACCAAAGAGGAUCAAAACCUAGCGUCAGUCGGUCAGGAAUUCGACGUAUAUCUUAGCGCACUUGGAUUGGCACCCAUGUCCACUGAUGACAGUGAAGGCCAAUGGCCAUCUGCCUCUGCUCCUGCCGGAUCGGUUCCUGAAGAAAUAAGGGGCACAACGGAGGGUCAGUAUACUGCGGCAAUACCGCAGACCAGCCAAUUAGGGAACUGGUUCUCGGGGAAUCAGCAUAUGAUGGGCUUGUUGGAAGAGGACCUUUCAUUCUUUGAUCCUUCUUCUUGGGCAUAG